UCACUUCUGUCAAUUUGUCAAAAAAAGGAAACCGGCCGCAGUCGGAUUUAUUAAUUUUCAAUGUUUUUUAUGGCUAAUUAUUAAGGAUAUUGCUUAAAUAAGAUUUGUGUAUUUAAGAUCAGACUCGUCUCUGAUCAACGGAAUUAAAAAGAUGCAUUUAAAUACAUUCAGCAUUUUAGUGUUAUGCCUAGUUGGCUGGAGCAGUGCUAACACCCUCCAAGGCUCAAUAGACUUGAAGCGGAUCCAGUCUAUCCUCCAAGAGGGCCUCAAAAACAAGGAUGUUGCGUCACUGUACUACUCUAUCAAGGGUUUGAAAGAUCUCAAAGUACCAAUCCCUGAUGUUUGCCAGGACAUCAAAAAUGCCAAAUAUGAUUCCAAAAACAUUGAGCAAGUGUUCUACCUGGCCAGUGCCGCGGCCCUCUCAGGCUGUCAGAACUCCUUAUCUCCGGAUCUCCUCCGGCCGCCGUCGCAGGUGCUAGACAAGAAAGACGCAACCAUCCAGGAGCUGUAUUAUGCUGUGUACACACUAAAGGCUCUCGGCAAGGGCAGCGUUUACGACAAAGAAGACAGCCUCAAGAAUCUCAUCCAACUGUUGAAGAAGGAUGACUCUCCUGCUAACUACGGCUACGUGUUCGCCCUGUGCGAGCACAUGGGCUGCACGGCGUGGACGGCGAGCCACGCUGAAGGCGUGCUGCUGGCAGCUGAUGAGAGCGACUCGCGCGCGCUGCACUUCGACGGCGGCCUGCCCGUUACAUCCAUGCUGCUGUCUACUAUCACCAGGUCGUACAAGCAGCAAAAGAAGGCGUCCCCUCUGAACCCUGAGCAGAAGUUGAAGUUCGCUGAAUACGUGCUGUCGCGCCGCUCGGUGACGUCACCGCGAGGCGCUGCGCUACUGUUGGAUGCCGCCACCGCACUCGCUGACGACCAGCCCACCCCCAUCAGCAUCGUGAUCAAAGGCAAAAAAUACGUCACAUCUGACUCCGAUUCAAUCGAGUUCGCCGUCACCGACUUACUAGGACGUCCUGUACCCGGCCUCAAGCCUGAAGACGUGGUCGCUCAAUCCGGAACCCGCCUCGCCGAUGACGUCGUAGUCCUCUCAAAACAACCGCUGACUCAAAAACCCAACGAGCCCACGACUUUCGUCCUUAACCUCAGCAAGAUUAAGGCCCAAUACGGCAUGUACAAGAUCGCGCUGAGCGCUGGAGGCAAGACGGCCAAUGUGAAUAUUGCUGUGUUGGGCGAGGUCCAGGUUUCCAGUAUCGAGGUGGGAAUCGGCGAUGUUGACGGCACUACCAGCCCCAAAGUCACCACUGUGACCUACCCCAACAAGCUUACGGAGAAGCUGCAGGCUGAUCAUUUGCAAAAGGUGACGCUGAAGUUCUCCGUGCGCGACAAGUGGAACAAGGCGGUGACGGUGCAGCAGGCCUUUGUCCGCGUGGGCGGCGCGCGGGACGAGACCAUCUUCGUGGCCGAGCCCGACAACGCCAAGGCGUACAAAGUCGAGCUGAACGUGGGUUCGCUGAGCAAGCACCUGAACGCGGUGAACGGCGCGUACUCGCUGAGCGUGCUGGUGGGCGACGCCGCGGCCGCCGCGCCCGUGGCCUGGCCGCUCGGCGACAUACACUUCAACUUCGGCCGCGACGGGAACGCUGUCGGUGAGGUAGUAACAGCGAGCGUGCCUCACCGCGGGCCGCUGCCCGAGAUCGUGCACGCGUUCCGUCAGCCCGAGGCGCGUCCUCCACGAGCUUUAUCCGACGUGUUCGCUGCCGCGGCCGCCGCGCCGCUGCUGCUGCUGCUGCUGCUGUGGGCGCGUCUUGGGCUUAACCUGUCCAACUUCCCCUGGACGCUCAGUGCCUUGCUGUUCCAUCUGUCGCUUGGAGCGUCGCUGGUGCUGUACUACGUACUGUGGCUGCAGCUGUCGAUGUUCGACACGCUGCGCUACCUGCUGCCUCUGGGCGCGCUCACGUUCCUGUCGGGCCACCGCCUGCUGCGCCGCCUCGUCGCCGCCAAGCAGCGCUAACGCACCACGAGGGAACCUUGGCUCGAUAACAGCUGUUUGUAGUUGUACAUCACUAUGCACGUCAGCGCGAACAAAUCGGUGCGNUUCGUGAUGCGGGAUAUUCAACCUUAUUACUAUCGUCAUCUGUCCCGAGUGUCGGUAACAAUUUUGAUACCUACUCGUCAACUGUCCGCAGUAGUGAAGUGAUUUAGUUUUAUCCAAGGUACAAGUCCAAGAUGGACUGCAGACCGCAAACUACAAGCCACCACGGUUUCUUACAUAGAUGUUCAGAGAAACCGUGGUGGGCUUACACCUUUGUUUGCUGUCGAAUCCAUCUUGGACUUGUAUAGGUGGGUAAUUACAGUACACUAACUGUAUCUACAGUUGUUGGCCUAAUCAUGAAGCCAAAAAUUACUGGCUUGUCUUGUUUGUAAUACAUCCUAACUCCACUUUCAACUUGCAUGAAAACUUUAUCAAAUGAUAGUUUUCUCAAAGAAUGUUUUGGGCUCAAUAUAAGAUGGAGUAUAUUAUCGAUUCAAGGUUCCCGAGCAUAGCAUAUUGCAAUAAUUUAAUAUAAUAUUAUGUAUGUGAGAAUGCGUGUAUGAUUUAGUAUGUGCGUGAAUCGCGGUCCCGUCACACCAUUAUCUG